GCUCGCUCGUGGAGUGAAACACUCACUCACACGCUCCUCUGUAAGACAACAGUAUGAAACCCGCCACAGUAUGGACUGAAGACAUCUGAACAGGAACGUACCGAGGACACCCACCGCUAAAACUUACAGGAAACGGGGAGAACCAGUGUGAAUGCGCUUGGGGUGACCCAAGGAAAAAAGAAGAAUACCAAGCUUGGAAUUUGCAGGGAGGGAGCCGUGGAGACGCAGCGAGAGAAAGGAAAAGCCCGUCUGUCUGUGACGGGACAGCGGACGCAGAACGCUCGUGGGACAGACGCCGGGACACUCACUCAGGCACAAACCAUGGUGGUCCAGGCGGCUGUGACGCCCGGCAGGACCCGCCGGCUGCUCCUCAAGCUGCCAGUGGGAACACUGAGGAGGAAUAGUGAAGACCGGAUGACGGAAGGGCGGAGAUGUCAGGUUCAUCUCCUGGAUGACCGGAAACUGGAGCUCCUGGUGCAGCCCAAGUUAAUGGCAAAGGAUCUUUUGGAUCUGGUGGCAUCUCACUUCAAUCUCAAGGAGAAGGAAUACUUCGGAAUAUCCUACAUAGAUGAGACGGGUCAUUUCAGCUGGUUGCAGCUGGAUCGUCGUGUUCUGGAACACGAGUUUCCCAAGAAAUCCGGACCCAUUGUGCUUUACUUCUGUGUUAGGUUCUACAUUGAGAGUAUCUCUUACCUUAAGGAUAAUGCAACAAUAGAGCUCUUCUUCCUCAAUGCAAAGUCCUGCAUCUACAAGGAGCUCAUAGAGGUGGACAGUGAGGUAGUCUUUGAACUGGCCUCCUAUAUCUUACAGGAAGCUAAAGGAGACUUCACAAGUAAUGAUGCUACGAGGGCUGAUCUGAAGAAACUGCCAGCACUGCCUACACAAGCACUGAAGGAGCAUCCUUCACUCGCAUACUGUGAGGACCGGGUUAUUGAGCACUAUAAGAAGCUAGGCGGACAGUCCAGGGGCCAGGCUAUCGUCAAUUAUAUGAGUAUAGUGGAAUCCUUGCCCACAUAUGGAGUGCAUUAUUACGCUGUUAAGGAUAAGCAGGGUAUUCCAUGGUGGCUGGGAUUAAGUUAUAAGGGCAUUUUUCAGUAUGACUACCAGGACAAAGUCAAACCAAGGAAGGUGUUCCAAUGGAGACAGCUGGAGAAUCUGUACUUCAGGGAGAAGAAAUUCUCAGUGGAAGUUCAUGACCCAAGAAGGGCGUCGGUAACGCGAAGGACGUUCGGUCACAGUGGCAUUGCGGUGCACACUUGGUACGCCUGUCCCACCCUCAUCAAAUCCAUAUGGGCCAUGGCCAUCAGCCAACACCAGUUCUACCUGGACCGCAAACAGAGCAAGAGCAAGAUUCACGCUGCACGCAGUCUGAAUGAGAUAGCCAUAGACUUGACAGAGACGGGAACCCUCAAGACCUCCAAACUGGCCAACAUGGGCAGCAAAGGCAAAAUCAUCAGCGGAAGCAGUGGCAGUCUGCUGUCCUCAGGCUCUCAGGAGUCGGACAGCUCUCAGACUGCUAAGAAGGACAUGUUGGCGGCUUUGAGGGCCAGACAGGAAGCUCUCGAGGAGACGCUCAGACAGAGAAUAGAAGAACUGAAGAACAUCUGCAUUAGAGAAGCGGAGCUGACAGGAAAGCUCCCUAAGGAAUAUCCUCUGGACCCCGGAGAGGAGCCACCUACCGUCAGACGCAAAAUUGGCACAGCAUUUAAACUGGAUGAACAGAAGAUCCUGCCCAAAGGAGAGGAAGAGGAGCUGGAACGUAUGGAAAGGGAGUUUGCGAUCCAGUCUCAGAUAACGGAGGCGGCACGGCGGUUAGCGUCGGAUCCUCACAUCAGCAGCAAAAAGCUGAAGAAGCAGAGGAAGACGUCAUAUCUGAAUGCCCUGAAGAAACUGCAGGAUAUCGAGAACGGCAUAAAUGAAUACCGCGUCCGAUCCGGGAAGAAACCCACACAACGUGCCUCUCUCAUCAUAGAGGAAGCAAAUAUCGGCUCAGAGGACAGCUCUCUGUCUGACGCCCUGGUGCUGGAUGAUGAUGACCCCCAAGUGACAGGAACCCCGACGUUCUCUCCGGCCGCUUCCCCACACAAGGGUCUACCACCACGUCCCCCCUCCCACAGCCGACCGCCUCCUCCACAGUCCCUGGAUGGACUAAGACACCUGCACUACCAGCGCAGCGACUACGACAAGUCCCCCAUCAAACCACGCAUGUGGAGCGAAAGCUCAUUAGACGAGCCCUACGAAAGGGUGAAAAAACGCUCCUCGCACUCCAGUAGUCACAGGCGGUUCCCUAGCACAGGCAGCUGUGAAGCAGGAGGCAGUAACUCUCUCCAGAACAGCCCGGUCCGCUCCCUCUCUCACUGGAACAGCCAGUCCAGUAUGCCCUCAACUCCUGACCUGAGAACACGAAGCUACGUCCACUCAGCAAGUCUAACUCAACCCUUCCGUGGCCGGAGCUCCAGUCUUGAGUCACAGGGAAAGCUGCUGUCAUUGGAGGCAGACACAGAGACAGGACUUAGCCCUGACCUCUUCCUGUCAGGCCCACAGAGGACAGGAAGCAACGGCUCUGUUGUCCCAGACGACUGCUCGUCUUGCACCAGCCACUCCAGCUCAGAACAUUACUAUCCCUCGUCCACCUCUAACCCCAACUACUGCACGUUGGCUGAGGACUCGCCCUCCAAAGCCCGGCAGAGACAGCGACAACGGCACAAAUCCGCCGGGCACCUGGGUGCCUCUAGUUCCGGCAGCAUGCCCAACCUGGCGGCCCGUAACGGAGGCACCCAUUCGGGGGUGUGCGGGAGCCACCAGGGCGUGUACCUCCACAGCCAGAGCCAACCCUCCUCUCAGUAUCGCAUCAAAGAGUACCCACUUUACACCGAGGGCAGCAGUCCUAACGCCGUGGUGGUCCGCAGCCUGGAAAACGACCAGGAAGGUCACUACAGUGUCAAGGCGCAGUUCAAGACCUCCAACUCGUACACGGCUGGUGGGCUUUAUAAGGAGGGGUGGGGCUCAGGGGAGGACGGGGAAUCAGGCGGGAGCAGCGGGAGGUUGACCCCCUCUCGUUCGCAGAUUGUGAGGACUCCAUCUCUAGGGAGGGAGGGUGGAGGGGGUCGGACGGCGGUGUCAGACGAGCUGCGGUGCUGGUACCAGCGCUCUUCUGGAUCACUGAAGGAACGCAGUCGGGUCACGCACACCAGCUCCAACGCUUCAGACGGGCGCGAGGGGAGGAUAGGAACGCUAGUGAAGGGCUCACCAGCUGCCUCUCCGCUCAGUCAGAGAAGUGGAACACCCUGUAGUGACCCCACAGCCACGCCGCCCUGUAGCCCACAGCACAUCCUCAACUGGCAGAGCGGUAAUGCGACUGAAAGUUCUCCUACUGAAGAGCGCUCUACCUCUCACCAAAGCACUGACCAGUAGAGAGAUCUCCAUUCAACGAUAGUUGUUUCCUGAGCAGUCCCCUGUGCUCUGAGAUAGCGGAUGUACAGUGGUACGGACGUGAGAAGGCAAAGCCGGGAACACUUGUCUAAACCCCCAUCCCUCUCGCCUCUGUCUAAAAUGGAGAGUUCAAUAGGCAGGCCUGACUGAAGGCUGGACCUUAACUCAUCUAAACACACCAUUGGCUGGAGCCAGUACCACCUGACCUGCUCUUCCCCCUUUAACUUUCUCACUGUAUAUCCGGCGGUACAGCGCUUACGAGCAACGGAAAUACAGGAGACUAAACCGAACUUGACCUUUCCUGACCCUCAUUCUCGACGAACGAUGAACUUCGACCCAGUUAGCUGGCAGCCAGAUCCUCUGUAUGCACAAACCCUUCAUGUUUAAUCUGUUGGCGCAUGAGAGAAACCUCUUAUGUGCACGUUUAUUGUACUAUAAGUAAAUUCCACCCAUACAUGCUCAACAUGACAUUGUCCCCUGCUGUCGUGUGUGUUCCCUUUGCACUGAUGUCAGAGAGCCGACAUCGUUCUCUUUCAUACACAUGACAUGCACAAAACACAUUCCGGUGAAUUGCUUUGUCAUCGACCAACUUCUUUGUAGAUUUGUAUUUUUUCAGUUCGACGACCACGAGCCCCUACAGCAUACCUUCUCGUUGGAGCCCAGUGCACCAUAAGUCCCGCCCACCAAUGUGUAAUUUUUUGUGAGUUGGCAACCUCCCCACAUUGGACCUGGAUUUAUCCGCCAAAGAUGGUGAUGAUGUGAAUAUGAUUCAGCUAAAACAACCAGGCGCAUGUAUUUCCGAAAAAACACUGUUCAUGUCUGUGAAAACUGUGAGUGUCAUUUUGGAAACGUGGUCUUUGUAUGUAAUUUGUCAUCUGCAAAUCAUUCAACACCUUGGUUUACAUUUAGAAGCCAUAACUUAUGUUAGAUAGAGGUUAGCUCAACGUUAGCAUGACCUUCUCUCGACCAAUCUGUGAGGUACUGUACGUGCCGCGUAAUAACUCAGGCCACAACCAGUGUACUUUGUUACUACGGCAGUUUGCCAAAAUGGUGCUCUGAGCCUGUGCUGUACACAGAUGAUGUCCCACAAUGCCCUGCUGUAAGCCCAUACUGCAUGCAGAACGUCACAGCGUGAAAAUGACAAAUCCCCCAUAGUCUUUCUCUAUGUAGUGUUGUGACAUCAGUGAGGUAACACACGCAAAAACCUUACGUGGGACUCCGAACAAUCCUGGCCUUAUAGGUUUUGAGGUUUUUUGGUGUGUGUCUUGUUUUUAAUACUCACAUCACCAUUAUAACAUAUUAGGUUCAUAUGUACAAAAAAACGCAAAGUCAGAUGAGCACAAUGUAACGUGGCACACAGACUAAAACGAUAUUGCAGUCUUACUGAUGUUACCUCUGACCUUUGAAGGAUUUUAGGAGAACAGCAUUCCAGAAUGUGUGACUCGAGCAGGUACUCUGUUUUCAAAGCAUGCAAACUUCAUAACCAAGAAGAAACAAUAAGCUCAAACAUCUCUGUAUGAGAUGAGUACAGGGUGCGUCUGAACCCGAGACCACUGGUGCCCGUCACCUCGGUCGUCUGUAAUCGAGGAAGCCAUAAAGCGUAAGAUCACGUUUAUUUAUACACACUGCAGUUUAGACACAAAGUACCUUAAGGAACAGAUAGCUGAAAGCACAGCUUUGGCUGUUAUCAGUCGACAUUAUAAAACAAUCAUAUGGGUCCAAAUCACACUUACAGACUCAACCUGUAUGGCCAGUCAUAAAUCAUAACUCCCAGAUUAUCUCCACGUCAGAAAUGUUUCAUUUGCCCUAAACUAGAUGGUUUAACACACACUGUGCAUCUAAAUGUUCAGCUCUUAAUCAAUGUGAGCUCACUCCUCGUCUACCUGUGUUUAAUAACAGCAGUAAUCUUAACACAUUUAUCUACAUUUAUAGGUAGGACUGUGGAAAUCUUGACUGGGUUCUUUUAAGAGAGAGUGUUUAUUUAAUGAAUUUUAUAAAUCAGUAUUUGUUUUAAUUUUACACAAAGCUAGGAAAUGGCAGCAACAUGUUCAGGUGCUACAGGACGAGCAGAUGCUGAGGAAGAUGAGCGCUUUGUUUCCUAGCCGUAGACGUUACCCAACUGUCGUUAAUAGCAGUUGUGCAAAAUGAAGGACGUUAGUUACUAAACUGUCUAUUACACUUCAUCUUGACAAUAGAGCAUGUUUUAUGAGUUCAUUUCAGACAUAACCGGACACAAUAAAACAAUGUUGUAGAGAAAAAAAAAUGUGGAAUUGUUGGGCGGGUUAAAUGUAACCCAAUUCCACAGUUAAUUUAUUCUUUUUUCUAUUAAGAAUUUGUAUAGUAACAUUUUUCAAAAAUCGUGUUGUUGGCAACUGAUACUGAAUUUUCCAGAAGAAAAAUGUGGUGGUUCUUGAGAUUCUGAAAAUAAAUUAUUGCUGAAUGUUCUCUAAAAUGAUGUGUGAAAUCAUUUUAUUGCUCUUUGUAUUAAAUCAUGAUUUGUCUUAGGAUUUGUGCUGCAUUUCUUAAAGGGAAAGUACAGACAAAAAUCAUAAAUUUACUCACCCAU